UUAUCUUCCAUUUUUAGUAGACAAACCAAGAAAGUAUAAUGGGUGCCUCUACUUUGCAUAUCUCUAUAGCAUUGUUUUCAUUCUUGGCAAUGCUCCACCUUCCUCUCCAAGCAGAUGCUGCCACGAGACACUACGAGUUCAACAUAACAAUGCAAAAUGUGACGCGAUUAUGCAACACUAGGAGCAUAGUCACAGUGAAUGGGAAAUUUCCCGGGCCUCGAGUUGUGGUGAGGGAGGGGGAUCGCCUUCUUAUAAACGUCACCAACUUUGCUCCCAGCAAUAUCACCAUCCAUUGGCACGGGAUUAGGCAGCUUCGGAGCGGUUGGGCCGAUGGACCGGCUUAUAUAACCCAAUGCCCGAUUCAAACCGGGCAAAGCUAUGUCUACAAUUUCACGGUGAUUGGGCAAAGAGGGACUCUUUGGUGGCAUGCACAUGCUUCUUGGCUUAGAUCAACUGUCUAUGGCCCUAUCAUUAUCCUUCCAAAGAAAAAUGUGCCCUAUCCUUUCCCUGAGCCAUACAAACAAGUCCCCAUCAUAUUUGGAGAAUGGUUCAAUACCGACACCGAGGCUAUAAUUAGCCAAGCUCUACAAACGGGAGGCGGACCCAACGUCUCCGAUGCCUAUACCAUCAACGGACUUCCCGGCCCUCUCUACAACUGCUCCGCCAAAGAUACAUUCAAGCUAAAGGUAAAGGCGGGAAAAACCUACCUCCUCCGAGUAAUCAAUGCUGCACUCAACGACGAGCUAUUCUUCAGCAUUGCCAACCACACUCUCACCGUCGCCGACGUCGACGCAGUCUACGUCAAACCCUUCCAAACCGACACCAUUCUCAUCGCCCCGGGCCAAACCACCAACCUCCUCCUCCACACGAAACCCACCGCCCCCGGCGCCGCAUUCCUCAUGACCGCCCGGCCCUACGCCACCGGCGCCGCCGGCACCUUCGACAACUCCACCGUCGCCGGAAUCCUGGAAUACGAAUCCACCCCAUUCAACAAAAACCUCCCCCUCCACAAACCAACCCUCCCUCCCCUCAACGACACCGCCUUCGCCACCAACUUCACCACCCGCCUCCGCAGCCUCGCCACCCCCCAGUUCCCAGCCAACGUGCCGCAGAGCGUCGACCGCCGCUUCCUCUUCACCGUCGGACUCGGCACCAAACCGUGCGACCAGAACAACGCCACGUGUCAGGGGCCCAACGGCACGAAAUUCGCGGCGUCGGUGAGCAACAUAUCGUUCGUGCAGCCGGCGACGGCGCUGCUGCAGGCCCACUUCACGGGGCGGUCGAGCGGCGUCUACGCGGCGGACUUCCCCUACAGCCCGCUGCGGUGGUUCAACUACACCGGCAGCCCUCCCAACAACACCAUGGUCGGGAACGGGACGAAAUUGAUGGUUCUUCCGUUCAACGCGAGCGUGGAGGUGGUGAUGCAAGGCACCACCAUUUUGGGGGCGGAGAGCCACCCUCUCCACCUCCAUGGAUUCAAUUUCUUCGUGGUGGGACAGGGCUUCGGCAACUACGACCCCGUUAACGACCCGAAACGGUUUAAUCUGGUCGACCCGGUCGAGCGCAACACGGUCGGCGUGCCACCCGCUGGAUGGGUUGCGAUUCGGUUCUUGGCCGAUAAUCCUGGGGUGUGGUUUAUGCAUUGUCACUUGGAAGUUCACACGAGCUGGGGAUUGAAGAUGGCGUGGCUUGUGUUGGAUGGAAAGCUUCCCAAUCAAAAGCUGCUUCCGCCGCCCUCUGAUCUUCCUAAAUGUUGAUUUCAUUUGCAUCUCAUUUAAAGUUCACCUUUGCGAGUUUUUCUUUUAUCUCUUUUUAAGGUAGAAUUGACUUGAUUUAUUGUUUUUGUUGAGGAUCAAAUUUGUACUUGUAACGUCAGUUGAGUUGUAAUAAAGUCAUGAUUUCUUAAGUUUAA